ACGAAAAAGACCUCUCACAAAAGCAAAGCAAAAGUAGAGAGAAAUCAUUUCUGUUUCAUCAUUCAUGGGCUGCACUGUUCCUCGACCUGAAAGCGUUUUCACCAUCAAAGCUUCCACCACCACCACCACCACCACCACCACCACCUUUGAAGCUGCUGCUCCUUCUUCUUCUUCUUCUUCUUCUUCGACUUUUCCAAGAUUCCUUUCUCUUCCUACCCCACUCGUCCACCAUCCUCCCCUGAAGAAAGGCGAUACCCAUCUCCUGGUUUCCCUCACCUCAACCACCUACACUUCUCUUCUCCUCGAUCAACGUUCAUCCGAUCAUCAUCAGAAGAAAACCUUAACCCUAGAAUCAGAAACCCACAAAAACCCAUCUCCCGAUUCGGUCAUCAACGCUUGGGGACUCAUGGCCGGCCUUGACGACUUCGAUUUCUCCUCCAAGCCCAAUUCUGCUUCUUUACUUGACCGAUCCCACUCUGUUCGCCAUGAUAGUUCAUCCCCUAAGAAACCAUUUUUCUCCCGCAGUGGAUUGGCCAAGAAGCUUUUCGGCUCCUUCCAACCUCCUUGGUUGGAGAAUUCGAAUUCGAAUUCGAAUUCGAAUUCGGUCGGUGAAGGGAAAGUGAAGCAAUUGUGUAAUUCGUUUGAACCUUCGGCAGAUGCAGGAAACGAUAAUAAUAAUUCGUUGAUGAAGCCACAGGGGAAGCAAUCAUCGGAGGAAUCGCUUCUUGCUGAUAUGGAUCCUAACUUGUUAUCAAGUUGCAGACGGUCAAUGUCGUCUAGGCAGUUGAGUUUUAAUCAGUCAAAGACGGCGAGGUCAUUUAUGGGUUCGAGCUCGAGAUUUUCGCCUUUGUUCGAUAGUCGGAUUCGAUUGCCGGGUGCUGACGAUAAGAUUGUUGUGUUUUUUACUAGUUUACGGGGAAUUCGAAGGACUUAUGAAGAUUGUUCUGCUGUUCGGAAUAUAUUAAGAGGCUUUAGGGUUCUUGUGGAUGAGAGAGAUAUUUCAAUGGACUCUAAUUAUAGGAAAGAGCUGCAGACUGUGCUGGGAGAGAAGACUGUGAGCUUGCCCCAAGUUUUUAUUUGUGGGAAAUACAUUGGAGGGGCUGAAGAUAUUAAGCAGCUUCAUGAGGUGGGAGAAUUGGCCAAGCUUCUUGAAGGGUUCCCCAUUCGGGAUACCAGGUUUGUCUGCAAGAGCUGCGGCGAUGCCAGGUUUGUUCCUUGCUUGAAUUGUAGUGGCAGUCGCAAGGUCUUUGAUGAGGACGAAGAACAAUUGCGUAGUUGCCUGGUAUGCAACGAAAAUGGAUUGAUACGGUGCCCUAGCUGCAAUUCUUAAUGCUUUUUAGUUAUCAAUGGUAUAUAUGUUUUGAUAUUUCUGGUGAGAAUUGUUGGAAGAAAAAGGGGGAAAAAAAAAUACUGCUUUUGUUGCUGUAAGUGUGGAUUUCUCUGUCCCCAGAUCUGAGGGGAUGAUUAGAAACUCUUAUAGGUUUUUGUUCUUCUUUCUUUUUCUACGAUGUAAAAUGGUUACUGACUGGGUAUUCUUGUUCAUCAUCUCUCUGAACUACAUUCAAAGAAAUAAAUGAAAAACUUUAUUGGCUUUGUUGAUCA